AUGAAAGAAUAAUACAAUAGCGAAAUUCAAAAGCUAAAAAGAGAUUUAGCAGUAUAAUUUGAAAGAGUAAAAGAUUUAACAAUUGAAAAAUAAUCUUUAGAAGAGCAAUAUCAUUAAUGUCGUAUAUACAAGAAAUUGUCUAAUAAGAAGUAAAAAAAGCCAGAGAAGAAGAAAGAUUGA